AAAUUACAAACAACUAAAGAAAGGCUCGAUCUCGACCGGUCUUAUAAUUACUUCAAGUGAGCGACCAAUCAAUAAACAACGACGAUGAAGCUUCUCUUCUUCUCUAUCUUCUUCUUCUUCGUCUCUCCAUCUGCAUCCUGCAACCCAAAUGACAAAAAAGCCCUCCUUCAAAUCAAGAAAUCCCUAAACUACCCUCAAAUCCUCCAUACCUGGGAUCCCAAAACCGACUGCUGUACCAACUGGACCGGCGUGGAAUGCACGCGCCGCCGCGUCACCUCCCUCCUAAUCCAAGCCGGCGAAGUCUCCGGUGAGAUCCCGCCGGAGAUCGGAGACCUCCCUUUUCUCCGCUACCUUGACUUCAACAAUCUCGACGACUUAACCGGAAACAUUCCGCGCACAAUAACCAAGCUCAAAUACCUCGAUACCCUCCGGUUUAGGGGAACCAAACUCUCCGGUUCGGUUCCGGAUUUCAUCAGCGAGCUUAAGGAAGUCACCUUCUUGGAUCUUUCCUUUAACGAGUUCAGUGGUUCGAUUCCCGGUUCGUUGUCCAAGAUGCCGAAGCUUCAGUCGGUUCAGCUCAAUGAUAACCGGCUUACCGGUUCUGUACCGGAAUCUUUCGGUUCUUUCGAAGGAAAUGUACCGGAUCUCUACCUUAACUCCAAUCAGCUUUCAGGAAAUAUACCGGAAUCUUGGUCGGAAAACGACUUCGGCUCCAUAUUCUUGUCGGAAAACGGGUUCUCGGGAGAUGGUUCAAUGAUCUUCGGAGGGAACAAGACGACGGCGAGGGUGGACUUGUCGAAGAACAACUUCCGUUUCAAUCUGUCAAAGGUGAAAUUUGCCAAGAGCUUGGUGUAUCUGGAUUUGAGCCAUAACCAAAUCUAUGGAACACUUCCCUCCGAACUGAGGGGCCUCGCCCUCGAGCAGUUCAACGUCAGCUACAACCGCCUCUGCGGCCGCAUCCCACGUGGCGGAACCUUGCAGAAGUUUGACGCCUUUGCAUUUUCCAAUAACCUCUGCCUUUGUGGCCCCCCUCUCAACGAUUGCUAACCGCUACUGUAUUAUGAUCAGAGUCGAUUUCUCAUAUGAGAGUUAACCCUGUCAUCAUCAUCAUCAUCAUCAUCAUCAUCUUAUCCAACUUCAUAUUAGAAAAUAGAUGGGAAUGCGAUUUGAGUUUA